UGGAUUUUUUAUUCAGGAGGCAAGGAAAAGGGGCCAGAGGGUGGAAGGCGGCGUUUCCAGUCGUCUCCUGGGGCCUCAAGCUGAAAGCAUCAAACUGGGCGCGGGCGGGGCGCGGGCUCCCUGGCAACGGCGCACGCGCGGCUAGCCCUGGCCGGGCCCUGGGCUUGUCGGGCGGGCUUCUUCAAUCCGAGACCGGAGUUCUCCGGGGACGAAUACCGGGGCCACGGAGGCAGGAGGAAAGGGGUAGACCGCGCCGUCGGGGCGGAGGCGGACGGGCGGCCUGAGAAAGUCCUCGAAGACUGCGGGGAAGCUGUGUCCGCUUAGUUUCCGGAAGUGGCCUUUGUAAACUUGACUUCCAGUCCCCCUUCGCUGUCUGUCCCUCCUCCCAGGGUCCUAGAGUCCACCGUGUCCCAACAGUUUCCACUCUCAUCCCCUAGGGCAUCCUGGGGUCGUGGGUGUGCACUGCGGACCACGCGAGACCCCUGAGGUAACCGCGGCGGAGCCUCGGGCCGGGAGGGCUGAGAGGAGCAAUGGGGCUGCACUGCGGGCCUGGGGCGUCCCCUCGGGAGCCCCGCCGAGCACCCCGGGACGCCGCCGCUCCCUCCCGGGGCCCUGUACGACGCCAGACUGCGGGGACCUUUACCUCCGAAUCUGUAAACUGGAGGACAAAGGCCACAUCAUUCGUGUGCGUGUUUUAAUGCAAGCCACACAUUAGGCGCCCUGCCAGUGGUAAACGAAAGGAUAAGUUGCGCUAGACUGGUUUCUGCAGCUUCCCCUGCCUGCCCUCCAGGACUUUUAGAAAAAUCAGCUAAUUCAGUCCAUCUAACUUGUACGUCAUAGACAUCUUGGACAAUUUCAGUCAUAAAUAAGGAAGUAUUUCAUUAAGAAACAGGUAUUUUGAAGAGUUGGAAGAGUUACCAUGAAUAUAAACACUUCACAUAAUGCCAUUGGUGAUACUCAAAGGUUGAAGAAUCCCUCCUCAGAUGUAAAACAAUUGAUUAAAAAUGAAACAGACUUGGAUAUUACUGCUGAUCUUAGAAAGAAACUCCAUUGGGCUAAGAAAGAAAAAUUAGAAAUGACAACUAAGCACAAUGCAGAGCUGUCAAGCUAUGAGAGCCAGAUUGCCAAGCUACGGUCUGAGGUUGAAAAAGGAGAAGCAUUUCGACAGAGUCUGGAGUAUGACCUGGCUGUCGCUAGAAAGGAAACUGGUCUUGGAAGACGGGCUGCAGAAGAGAGGUUAGCUGAGGCAUGUAGGAUCCAAGAAGAACUCUGUACUCAGAAUUCAGAACUUCAAGAAAAAGCAAAUGGGAUUGAGAAGGUAUUUCAGACUUCCCAACAGAAAUGGAAAGAAGAAUGCAGAAGAUUUGAACGUGACUUGGAAGAAAGAGAUAAUAUAAUUCAAAAUUGCAAUCAAGAAUAUGAUUUACUUAUGAAGGAAAAAAGUAGACUGGAAAAAACUCUACAGGAAGUGUUGGAAAAACAUCAACUGGAGAAGAGUAAGAUGGAGUCACAUGUCAGGGAGACUGCACUGGAGGAGUUUAGAUUACAAGCCGAGCAAUGGGAUGUGGAGAGAAGAGAGUUACAAUUUAUAGUACAGGAGCAAGAUAGUGCUGUACAGAAUAUGCACAAGAAAGUAGAACAAUUAGAGAGAGAACAUAUGGAGUGCUCUAACCUUUUACAGCGACAAACAAGUGAACUUGAAUUUAGUACUCAACGAGAAGAAUGUCUUAGAAAAGAAUUUGAGGCAACAACCCUCAGAGUGAGAAAAUUAGAAGAAAACAUUGAAGUGGAAAGAGCAGCACAUUUGGAAUCAAAAUUUAAUUCUGAAAUUAUUCAGUUACGGAUUCGAGACCUUGAAGGAGCUUUGCAAGUAGAAAAGGCUAGCCAAGCAGAAGCUGUUGCUGAUUUGGAAAUGAUCAAGAAUGAAUUCAAAGAAGUUGAAAGUGCAUAUGAGCGAGAAAAGCAUAAUGCACAAAAGAGCUUUGAAAAACUAAAUUUGUUAGAAAGAGAGUAUUUCUCCAAAAAUAAGAAACUAAAUGAAGAGAUCGAGCAACAGAAGCAAGUAAUUAUAGAUCUUUCAAAGAGACUUCAGUAUAAUGAAAAAAGUUGCAGUGAAUUACAAGAAGAACUUGUAAUGGCUAAGAAGCACCAGGCCUUCCUAGUAGAGACAUGUGAAAAUAAUGUGAAAGAAUUAGAAUCGAUCUUGGACAGCUUUACUGUGUCGGGCCAGUGGACAUCAGGCAUCCACAAGGACAAAGAUAAACCUCCCAGCUUCUCUGCUGUCCUUGAGACUUUGAGGUGUACCUUGACAGAUUACCAGAGCAAGCUAGAAGAUGCAUCUAAUGAGCUAAACAGCAUGAAUGAUGCUAAGGAAAAGGCAUCUAAUGAACUUGAUUCCACCAAACUGAAGAUUGAAUUUCACACUAAAAAUAUAAAGGAACUUCAAGAUAAACUGGCUGAAGUCCGUAAAGAGUUAAGUCAUUUACGCACUAAAUGUGCAGACCGAGAAGCUUUAAUAAGCACUUUAAAAGUAGAACUACAAAAUGUGCUGCACUGUUGGGAGAAAGAAAAGUCACGAGCAGCCCAAUAUGAAAGUGAACUUCAGAAGCUGUCCCAGGCUUUCCAUAAGGACACUGAGGAGAAGCUAACCUUCCUUCAUACCUUGUAUCAACACUUGGUAGCCGGCUGUGUGCUCAUGAAACAACCAGAAGGCAUGUUGGAUAAAUUCUCCUGGUCUGAGCUUUGUGCAGUCUUGCAGGAGAAUGUUGAUGCCCUUGUUGCAGACCUCAACAGGGCUAAUGAGAAGGUAAGCCAUCUAGAGUAUAUCUGUAAAAAUAAGUCGGACACAAUGAGAGAACUUCAACAAACCCAGGAAGACACCUUUAACAAAGUGGCCGAACAGAUCAAAGCCCAAGAGAGCUGCUGGCACAAACGAAAGAAGGAACUGGAAUUACAGUAUUCUGAACGUUUGCUGAAGUUGCAAAAGAGGGCACAGAAAUUUCAAGAAAUUGCAGAAAAAAAUAUGGACAAAUUGAACUAUAUUGAGAAGUCACAUGCACAGUUAAUUCUUGAAAAUUCACAGUUCAAAAAUGUGUUGUCAAAGACUCAAAGGGAGCAGACAUCCUUGCUGGCAGCCUGUGCAUUGAUGGCUGGUGCAUUGUAUCCCCUCUAUAGCAGAUCAUGUGCCUUGUCUACACAGAGAGAUUUUCUCCAGGAGCAGGUCAACACUUUUGAAUUGUUCAAAUUGGAAAUUAGAACUUUAGUUGAAGCAUUGUCAGCAGUAGAGGAAAAGAAGCAAGAGGAAGCCAAGAUGAAGAAAAAACCAUUCAAAGGAUUGAUACGUGUAUUCCGGAAAGGUGUUAUUGCAAUUUUGGCAGCAAACAGACUCAAGAUUUUGGGCCAAUCAUGUGGCUCUCUUUUUACUUGGAUGGAAAGUUUCAAAGAAGGCAUAGGCAUGUUAGUGUGUACAGGAGAGCCCAAAGACAAGCUUAAAUUUCCAAAACAUCAAAAGGAGCAGUUAUGUUGUUUGCAAGCACUCAGUUGGCUCACCAGUUCUGAUCUUCUUGCUGCAAUAAUCAGUUCUAUGGCUGAGUUACAAGAAGUCAUUAGUAAAACAGAUCCAAACUCCAGAAUUUGUGGUCAUUUACUCAUAAGCACAGCCAAGAAUUCAUUUGCAAAACUCAUGGAUAAAAUUAGUCUGGCAAUGGAGAGUAUACCUUUGCAUAGUAGCAGGAGUAUUACAUAUGUAGAAAAAGAUUCCUUGGUUCAGAGGCUGACCCGUGGACUUCAUAAAGUAAACACACUGGCCCCGAAAUAUGGAUUGCGUGGCCAUGUUCCCAUUAUGAAAAGCAUAGCAUCAUUACAAAAGCAAAUAUUUGGAUUCACACAAAGACUGCAUGCAGCGGAAGUAGAGCGUCGCUCACUUCGCCUAGAGGUCUCGGAAUUCAAACGAAAUACGAAUGAAAUGAAAAAGGAGCUUGACAAAAUCAGGGGUCUCCAAAUGCAAUUGAAUGACUGUAAGCACUCUAAAUUGAUCACCCAUGAGAAGUUUGAAAGUGCAUGUGAAGAACUAAAUAAUGCAUUACUUCGGGAACAGCAGGCACAAAUGCUGUUGAAUGAACAGGCCCAGCAACUACAGGAAUUAAAUUGUAGACUUGAAUUGCACUCCAGUGAGGAGGCUGACAAAAACCAAACUCUUGGGGAAGCUGUUAAGUGUCUCUCCGAGGCAAAGAUGGAGCUGAGAAGAAAAGAUCAAUCUCUGCGUCAGCUCAAUAGACAUCUUACCCAGCUGGAGCAGGACAAGCGUCGGCUGGAGGAGAACAUCCGUGAUGCAGAGAGUGCCCUCCGCAUGGCAGCCAAAGACAAAGAAUGUGUUGUUUAUCAUAUGAGAACAGUAGGAAGUAUGCUUCGUAAGGUCAGAGAUCAGAUCUCGCUGUCACGGAGCGCAGCAAGUAGGAAUGACUUCGCCCUGCAGCUGCCCAAACUGCACCUGGAGACCUUUGCAAUGGAGGGGCUCAAGGGCAGGCCAGAGGUUGUAGCAUGCCAGGCUAUGAUUAAAAGUUUCAUGGACAUCUACCAGCUUGCAAGCGCUAGAAUUGCUACGUUAGAGAAGGAAAUGACAUCUCAUCGAAGUCACAUUGCAACCUUGAAAUUAGAGCUGCAUACAGCUUGUUUACGUGAAAAUGAAAGUUUACAAUCAACAGGAUCACGGAACCACUCGAAUCUCUCCAUUCCUUCAAGAGCUGCUCUUCCUGCUGACACAGUUGGUGUGGGGAAUUUUUUGUCAUUGCAAGCUGAACUUGAUACAACUUAUGCAUUCUUAAAGGAGACAUUUAUAAAUACUGCACCCCAUGCUCUAACAUCACCUCGCUCCUUUCCAGUAACUAUGUCUGCUAGUGUCAAAGGACCAACUCAGAUUGGAUUAUGACUUUAUGGAACAAAAAUGGAGGAAGAGUUAACAGUACAAUUGGACAGAGGUUUUUAAAAAAUUGUACAAUAUCUUAAUAUGUACAGGUAUCUCUGUCUCGAAUAACAAAAUAGCCCACUUUUUUCUCUUAAGUUUUAUUUAUUAUCACUGUUCCUCAUUUUUAUGUAACAUAUUUUUAAAUGUUAAAGAAUGACACAUUUUGGGUAAUUUCCCUCGGACUUAAAAAAAUCAAUAAGCCAUUUUAGUCUCUAUCUAUCAAAGUUGUUUCAUACUUGUCUAUUUUAAAGCAGGACUGCAAUACUUUAAUAGGAUUGAGAGAGCUAUUUGAAAUGUAUGCCAAUGAUUCCUGUCAUUUCAUGGCAGCCCUGCCAUGGUUCACUGAGCCCCUCUUCUCUCUUGUCAGCUCAACUGAAGACAAGCAUUUAGUUGCAAACUUUAAGCAGGUUGUGCAAAACAGAAAUGAUGUGACUGCUUCUCUCCUGCACAAUAAUGUCACUCCUGGUCAAUGUGAGAAGGUCAGGUUGCUCCUUGUAAAGCUACAUGAUACCACUUGCCCAUUUGAACAAGUGAAGUUAACUGCUGAAUCUGGUCCCUGCAGGCACUGAAAACUUAUCCUUUUAUCAAGUCUGCAUUUGAUAAGAAAGUAGAGCCGUUGUACCAGGAGGAUUUCUGUGGUAUGUGUAGGCACUUUAUAAGGACAGUUCCCACACUAGUAUAGCAGGUAAUAUAUUUAGUAUAAGCUAAAAAACUUCAAGGUAAUGGCUGUUUUGACCUUCAAAAUAGACUCCUCUUUUGUUUUUGUUGUUGGUAGGACCCAAGAGUGACGCCCGUCUUUGAUGCUGACAGAAUUUAAAACAAGGCCAUUGCCCUGCAUUUUCUGCCUUGUAGCACACAAAAGUAAAAUUGUAUGUCAGGCCGAGAUGUCGGGGAGCUGACAAGAUGCCCCAGUGACAUUUCAGCUAGAAAGAGCAAGUGUCUUGCAACCAAGUGGUCAAAUAUCAAAUAAUAGGUCAAGCAGGAAGGAGCUGAGUUCUAACCACAAAGAGGUUUCUGGUAACUUACUUGACAAGCUUUUGGGCGCCUUGUGGCUUGACAAAGUGAUGUUCUGUUGGGUAUCGCUAGACAGACUGUUCUUUAUCGCCUUCAGAAGAUCAGACAUUGACAUUGAUUAAACUCUUUAACCCUUAAAGGUUAAAUCCUUGCAGUUUGCCUCAUGGUAAGUGAAGAACAAAAGAAUAUUUGUACUAUAUAUAUGUUUUUGUUUUAAUCAUUUAAUUCCUCAGAGAUAUUAACUUCUGAUGUGGACUGUAGUUUUUGACAAAGCAUUUUGAUACAAAAUCUAUAUUUUAUACUGUUUUUCACUAUGGAGUUUUUCCAUUAUGGGUACAUUAGAAAAUAACAGUGUAUGUUAUGGAAUCCAUAUUGUUUAUGCUAACAUUUGAUGCAGAUAUACCAAACUUCUGAGAGUUAUCUAUUGGCUUUAAGAAAUGAAAUCUGUAUAUUAUUUAUGUUAUUAGUCAAAUUUCCAAAAUGAUUUAUGCUAUCUGAGUUAACAUAUUACUUUCAUACUAUGUAAUACAAUGCUAUUUC